AUAGAUUCUGGCCAGGGAUGGUAUUUCAGCACUCACUGGAUCUUGGAAAUUCACCAGAAGUUUCCUGGACUCCCUUCCUCUAAACCCCACUGUUGCAUAGUUGUUUAUUUUCAUUCCCCAAAUAAUUUCCCAUUUUUUAGUUGAAUUUCAGUUGACUUCUGACCCCAGCUUCACAGUAGAUUGGCACCAUCUGUGCUGUAGUCUAAAAACAACCCAGCAUCCCAUCAUCUAAAUCACAUUUGUGCUGAGCUAUCUUUGCCCUCAAUCUGCCACCAUGUCCUUUCAUAAGAGGAAAUACUCUCACAGGAGGAGCUAUCCAUUGAAUGAUUUAGUCUUGCACCUUUAACUAACAUAGAUAAAACAGCAAUUUUGUUGGACAACACUGUAGUGCACUCAUCCUUCCUCCUGGUAUAUUGUUUUCUCCUAUUUCAUAGUAAAAAGGUUGCAGUAGUUCUGAUCUCAGCUGGGGGAAGAGGCACUCUUCUGGCUUAAUCUGAAGUGCAGUGAUAACAUUAUUUUUUCUGGUACUUCAAAACCCAGAAGUGAAUCUUACCCAGGUUACCCUGGGUAUAUCUCCUGCUGACUCCAUGUAAGUUCCAUAUUAGGGUAAAGUUUUUGCUGCACCACUCAGUGACUGCAAUGUGCAGUAUAUCUGUGUGUGCACAGUUUGCUUGAGAUUAUCUGAACAAAGCCUUCAACCAUCUGUGCACCUGCCAAUACAUUAAGGAACAAUUCUGGUGUGGCCACAAGCUGUUCCUUCACUCAGUUGAGGAGGUCAUGAGCAGAAGUCCUCACCUCCUGUUGGGAAGACAAGUGGUGGAGUCUGUGGUUUUGCACAGUGUCCAACGUGGGGGUGAUACAGAUGUGCCAAGUACUUGCUCUCAUAUGGUGAAAGUUAGUUUGUCUCCAUUUUGGGGGGAGGACAGUAAAGCCACUGCUGCUGAGUUCCCAGGAGCCCAGUGAGGUGGGCUGCCUCAGUUGUCCUGCACUUUAGCAGACAGCUGUGGGCUCAGUGAUAGCUGAGAAAUGCCACUCUUCAAGAGAGGACUGACCUCACCUUCUGGGAAGAAUGGGCGUUUUCUUACCCUUUACCAGUGUCCAAACCUGCCAAGGGGGGGCUGUAAUCUGCCUUGUGCAUUUGUGGGAUAGUGGCUAACAGCAGCUACAUAUCAAAUGGCACCAGUGUGGAGCAGAUUCUCCCUCCUGGAGCAGUCAAGACUCACACCCUGGCAGCAGAAGCAAGCAGGAGCUGGAAGUCUCUGCAUGGCACUGAGAAUGUAGGUUCUCCAGCAGAAAUCUCCUUCUGGCAGAAGACAGACAUGUACAAGUGAAAGUACCAUGGCUCACGUCCACAAACCAGAUGUUUUCACUGUGCAGUGCCAGAGGUGGAGUCCUGAACACUGUCACUAGGACUUUUGACCAUGAGAUUAUAUGAGAAAAUAUGGUACAUAUCCUGAAGGACCUCAGAUUAUUAUCAGUGGGAUUUUACACAUCUAUGAGUAAUAGAUUGAUGCCAAAGUGAUCAACAUGUUACAAAAAUGGAUGCUAGAUGAAGUUUUGCCCCAUCCACAUGCUUUCUGUAAGAAUCAUACAAGCUAAGAACAUCAAGUCAAGAGACCUGUGGACAGUUCCACUUUCGUGCCAAAACCUUGCGGGGCAAUGUUAUUCACUGCUUGAUACCAGUCUGAAGUAUUUAGGCAUCUCGGGCUGCAGUGGAAAUCUUCCGUCAAGUCCUGACUCCAGCUCUGAAAGACAUCACCUGGGAGAUUUCCUUUCACACCGUUGCCAAGCCUCACAAAUGACGGCAUCAGACUGCUAUGUACGCUUGUGGCUGCCGUCUGCUUCACCUGGAAAGCUUCAGACCAAAACCAUCAGGAAUUCUGACAACCCUGUCUGGAAUGAGACUUUCUACUUUAGGAUCCAGAGAGAAGUUGAGAAUAUUUUAGAAUUGGCAGUGUGUGAUGAAGAUGCACUCACCAAAGAUGACAUGCAGUUCACAGUUCUUUUUAAUCUUGCUAGAAUCAGACCUGGGGAGACAAUCCGCGAGACUUUUGCUUUGAAACCAGAGACAGAGAGGUGCUUUAAGAAAUGGGAAAGUUUGGAAGUGGAAUUCUGGAUGGAAAGAGUUCCUGGGCCUCCAGAGCAUCUCAUUACCAAUGAUGUCCUAGUGUCUCGUGAGGUUUGCUGCUUGGAAGUGCAUGUGGACAUUAAUGAAAGCAGGAAAUACUUGAAAGAGGGUAAAAAUCUCGUGCUUACGGUGCCUGCAUCCCAUGAGAGAACCCAGAAGACGACAGAGGACACCGAUACUUUCUACUUCCACUGCGUGAGGGCUUGGGAGCCAGUUCUAAAAGUCAGGCUGCAGAAAGUUUCUGAUAAGGAAGAUGACAACAGCAAUUUAAGUGACACCUUAACAGUACCACUGAAAUUUCUCCCUGUUGGACAUAAAGUGAAAGUAACCCUUCCCGUAAGACAUAAUGUGCCACUACAGUUGUACCUCCAACUGAAUGCUUGCACAGAAAAACUAGAUGUGCGCUUAGGGUAUGACCUGUGCCAAGGAGAGCAGGAGUUCCUGCAUAAGAGGAAGAGAGUUGUUGCUGGAGCCCUGAAAAGGGUUCUUCACCUGGAAAGAGAUCUACAUGGACAUGAGGUCCCAGUAAUAGCUGUUAUGGCAACAGGUGGAGGUCUCAGAGCAAUGUCAGCUAUGUUUGGCCACCUCUUAGCUCUUCAGAAGCUAAAUCUGUUGGACUGUGUCACCUACCUCACUGGGGCUUCUGGCUCAACAUGGACCCUAGCAGACCUGUAUGAGCAUGCUGACUGGUCACAGAAGUCUCUCGAGGGGCCACUUAAAGCAGUAAAAGAACAAGUGACAAAAUGCAAACUCAACCUUAUGUCUAUAGACCAUCUGAAGUAUUAUCACAAGGAACUUGCUGAAAGGGCAAAAGCAGGACAUGUGCCAUCUUUUACAACUCUGUGGUCACUUGUUCAGGAGAUGUUCUUGCAUGAACGGCCAAGAAAGUACAAACUCACAGACCAGCGCAAGGCACUGGAGCAUGGACAAAACCCACUGCCUUUCUAUGCAGUCCUCAAUGUGAAAGAGGAGAAGUUUGGUACUUUCAAAUUUAGAGAGUGGGCAAAUUUCUCUCCUUACGAAGUGGCCAUGCCAAAAUAUGGAGUCUCCAUUCCUUCAGAAUAUUUUGACAGCGAGUUCUUCAUGGGAAGGAGAGUGAAGAAGCUGCCAGAAUCUCGUAUCUGCUAUCUGGAAGGUCUUUGGACAAACAUCUUUACUAGGAAUUUGCUGGAUGGCUUGUACUGGUCCUCAAAUUCAAAUGAAUUCUGGGAGCGAUGGUCCCAAGAUAUGGUAGAUAUAGAAAAACAUUCUCCUGAGGAAGAUGUUAGUGUUAUUGAGCCUCCAUCUUGCUUGUCAGGAAAGUUGUAUGAAAUGUUUCAGGACAUCAUGACCAAGCGUCCACUGCUGGGAAAGUCUCAUAACUUCCUGAGAGGCUUAGAGUUUCACAAGGAUUAUAUCCAUCAGAAAAAAUUUAUUGAAUGGAAAGACACUGUGCUGGAUGGUUUCCCUAACAAUCUGACACCACUGCAGAAGUAUCUUUGUCUGAUAGAUGUUGGCUACUUCAUCAACACCAGUGGUGCAGCACUUUUCAAGCCAGAGAGGAAUGUCGAUGUCAUUAUAUCCCUUGAUUAUGGUUUGGGACAUGUGUUCAAGCAAUUAGAGAUGACAUACAAAUAUUGCAAGAUACAAAAUAUCCCAUUCCCCAAAGUGGAGCUAAGUCCAGAAGAAGAGAAGAACCCAAAGGAAUGUUAUAUAUUUGCGGAUGCAGAGGACCCCAGAGCACCCAUAGUAAUCCAUUUUCCCUUGGUGAAUGACACCUUCAAGGAAUUCAAGGAGCCAGGAGUGAGGCGUGGUCACUCGGAGAUGGAAGAAGGCAAAGUAAAUCUGGAGAACAACUGCUCACCGUACUACCUCAUUAGGCUAAUUUAUUCCUCUGAAAAUUUUGAUAAACUUGUGAACCUGAGCAAAUACAACAUCCUCAAUAACAAAGACCUGCUUCUCCAGGCAAUCAGGAGUGCUGUAGAACGAAAGAGAAGAAGGAGGACUGGGAAUUUCCCCAGCUACUCUGGAUACCCCUAAGCUGGGUAUCCAGCUUAUUUUUGCCCUGUUCCCCACUGAAGGCUAUGGCAGCACAGCACAUUGCAACACAUCACAGUCACAUUAUAACACAUCACAGUGUUCAUUGUUUGCAGAAAACUGACCAAACCUGUACAUUUCUCACCUUGCCAUGUUCAGGCUCCCAGCUUUCAGAAGGGUUUAUUUUAUCUCCUUCCCCUACAUUUUCAGACCACAAGAGUCUCACAAUGUGGUCUUUCUUAUUAAGAAAUUAGGGUCCUGGUAGGCAGAGACCUCCCAGGAUCUCCUUGAUGUUACAGUAUAUGGUGGUGGUGAUAGUUCUUUGUAUGAGCCUGUCCUUUCAGCCCUGAGCCCAUUGUUGGUGUCCUUUCAAUACUUGAUUACAGAUCAAGUCCUGGCCAUUUGCAUUCAGUGAUGUCCAGAUUUUCAGAUAGGCUGAGCAACUAGAAUUUGCACUGAAUUGGUGGGAUCAGCUUUGAAGUCAGGCAUAUAUAUAUAUGUGAAAAGCAGCCAAACUGCAGUGUGGACAAUUGCACUCUGUCUGGCCUAUUUCCCUUGCUGAUUUAGAAUUUAUUCCUUUUUUCUAUUCCCCUGCAAGACUUUGGCAUAGAAAUGCUGCUCCAGAUGACCACAAAGGGGGCAGUUACAUUUCAAAAGAGAGGGCAGUAGCAGCAGUGAGUGAGCACAGCUCCUUCGAGCAUCGGCUGCAGAAAAAGUUCUGCAUAAAGCACAUGUGAUUGCAUUGAUUUAUAUCAGCAGUGCCUUUUUUGAUUAUAAUGUCAAGAGCCUGAAACAAGUUUUUCAUAGCAGAAGUUUGAGAGGAAUAAUUACCAUAGACUCAAGUACAUUUAAUUUAGUGGUGAUAAUUGAGACGUAAGCUGAUUCUCCUUACAGAUAUAAACUGAAUGUAGGACAACAUAACUCAUGAACAGAGUGCAGAGCCAUUGUAUUUUCACACACAGAAGAUUUUUCCCUUUAUAGUCUUCUACCCCUAACAUCACAGGCAAAGUAUUUUUAAUAGGUGCUACAUAAAAUAGAGCACAAAUUUAAAAAAAAUAGGACACACAUUUUCCUCCUUGCUCGUGGAAAAUAUUUGGAAAAUGACACCUGGCUUUCAUUUCCUCUGGAAUGCAGUGAGAGACUUUGCCUUGAGCUAGAAGCUUGGAAAAUCUUUAUAGCCCUCCACGAGAUUAAAAAGAUCAUAGGGAAGGAUGCUGAGCAAUAUAAAACAGAGCUUCACAGAAGUUGGGGAAGUUUGCAGACUUCCUCACACUGAAGGAUUUGGACCUGUUUCUGAAUUAUUUUUUCCAAAUACAGCAUAUUCAUCAAGACUUCCAAGGAAAAUCUUACAUAUUUCUUCUGUGUUGGAAAUAUACUUGAGAUCUAGAAUUAGUCGUUCUUGAAAUCCAAAAUCAGACAAAGAACGAGAAAGAGGGGUCUGUCUUUUUGGUAUACACAGACAGUACUGAAGCUCUAAAGAGAGAGCAUUUACAAAAGACAUGAUUGCCUGAAGCCUGCAUCUACUAAAUGCUGCUUCUGCUGCAAUGGCUGAGGCUCAGCAAUGCUUCUUGUACAAUGUUUACUUGCUGAGCUGAGGAACACCAUCCAGAACUGAGGAGCCUUAACGGCUGGAAUGCAACUGUACCUCAAGAUUCAGAUCAUGAGAAGUUAACAACUAAUCAGAUACUGGCUGCAAGACAGAACAUAAAGAGCCAUUUUGAGUUGGGAUUUGAUCCAGCUGGAUCUGUUACCUUUGCUCAGGAGAGCAGCAUGUCCUGGCCCAGCACUGUGUGGCACAUACAAGCCCACAUGGCUCUGUGCACACAUGUGCACAGGGUGUGCAGCAUUUCCAUGCUCCUCUGGCUGGUCCUAGAAAGCUCUGAUGCUGCAAAAAGAUAUUGCUGUUGUGUCCGUGGGCUACAGAGAACAAUAUGUAACCCUUGUGAACCUUGGCAGCAUGUACCCAGCAGUGAAGCAGCUUAGCCACACUGAGAAAAUUUGAUUUUGGUCUUACAAAAUGCUCCACAGACUAACAACUAGAGUAUGUUUGGUGCAUUCAUAGUGCUGCUAAUACAAACAGAAAGGCCCAGUAAAAUGUGAAGGAGCCACAAAACCGCAAAGGUUUCAGGUAACCCACAGCUGGUGGGGAAUUACUGUUCUGAGGGACUGUUAAACCCUGUUACAAAA